AUGACUGAAACAAAGAAAGAAACCCCGGUUCCUCAAGAACUAAAAGGAACUAUCAAAGAUAGAUUUAUCUCAUUGACUGAAAAUUUGCAAUUUGCAUGGUUUUCAGGACAUGCAGUUGUCUUAUUAUGUUCCUUCAUCUAUUUAUUCUCUUUCAAUAAAAUAAUUUAUAGAAUUGCUUAUUUGGGUGUUCUACACUCAUUCGGUAUUAUUGUUUAUCAACAAUAUUAUCAAAAUGUCAAGACUGCUGUAUCUGCCAAUAACAACGGUGGUGCAUCACCAAAUUCAAGUACUUCAUUUCCAAAACUUUCCGUUAACGCAUUAAUCAACGAUGAAAAUGUUUUAUAUUUUGUUUUAGCAGCUAUGUGGUUAAUAACUCCAGUAUUUUCCUUAUCAUUAGUUCCAUACUCCCUUUUCUCUUUGUUUCAUGUAUUGAAAUAUUUACAAAAUAUUCUACUACCAGUUGUGUUCGGUAUUUCCAAAGAAAAUAACAAGAGAGUAUCUACUGUUGCCAAAUUCACCCAUACUUAUAAUGAAAAAUGCAUGUAUUGGGUCGGUUCAUCCGAAAUUAUUAUUGUCGUUCUAUUAUUCGUGAGGGCAUUGUUAUGGUACCCAAGUUCCUGUAUUAUUCUAUUGACCUUUAUUCUCUUUUUGAAAUUGAGGUAUGAAAACUCCAAGUACACUAAAUCUGCAUUUUCUCAAUGUAGAGUAAGAUUGGAUGGUAUGAUCAGUCAUCCAUCUAUUCCAGCACCUGUCAAGGGUGCUUAUAACACCGCAAAGGCCAAAUUGAUUGAACUUUCUCGUUAUCAAUUAACCAAACCGAUGGAGACUGAGAAGAAGGCUAUUUAG